AUGGCCAAUUGCCAAGUAAAAAUUUGUAAAAACAAUUCCAAAAUGAAAGAACCUGGAAGUCAAAUACACUUCUUUAGAUUUCCCAAAAAUGAAGAAUUAAGGGAACACUGGAAAAAAGUUCUUGGGCUUAAAAUUGAUCUUAAGGAUCCUCGUAUUUGUUCCCUUCACUUUCAUGAUUGUUGUUAUAAGGAGGAAAAUUGGAUUGAGAAAACAUUUAAUCUACAGUCCCAUAAAAAAAGAACUUUAAGAGAGGAUGCUGUUCCAACUUUAAACUUAACAGCAGUUGAUCUAGAUGUAGCAAAAGAGACAUCCGGUACUUUUGUACAAGAAAAGGGCCUAAACGAUAAACCAGAUGUUCUUCAAAGGUACUUCUUACAAGAAACUCAAACUGCUGAUGAUGAUCAAAUGGAAUUGGAACAUCACAAAACGGCUUACUAUAAUACCACAAGAAAAGUGAUUAAAAAGGAUGAUGAAAUGCAAAUAAAACAAUUAUCUGAACGUAUUAUGCAGUUAAAAUCAAGAAUAAGAUGUGAAAGGGCAAGGCACAUGUUUGAAAUUAAAAAGAAAGAGCAGCAGUUACGAGAAAUAAAAAAGAGGUGUUGCAGGGAGAAAUCUUCAAGCAUAAAAUUGAAAAAUGCUUUGGAAAAAAGUGAAAAAGAAGUGAUUGAAAUGAAGAAGAAAUUGAAUGAUUGA